CUUUCCCUUCUCCCUCCCCACACCGUCCCCACUCUCACCCUCUCCUUUUCUUUCUCUUUCAACUUUCCUUUUACCCCUCCUUCUACCCUCUGCGCUUCACUCAAAAGCUCACUCACUGCCUCCUCUUUUUCUCAUUGAAAAUCGAAAAAAGAAAAUUAUCCCAUAAAGCCCAUUGUUUUUCAGUCUUGUUUUUCAUUUCAAAACCCGCUUUUUUUUAUUAUUUUAUGCCGUAUAUGAGCUAGGGUUCUUGCUUAUGAGUGGAGCCUGAAUCUCUUGCUUUUCUUUUUUUUUUUUUUUUUUUAACUAUCCGAGCUGAUUAUUUCGGUUUUUCUCGGUAGAAGAAGUAAUGGGUAAGAAUGUACUGGUUCUGGGUAUUGUCCUUCUGCUGCUUUUUGUAGGAGUCGCUUCAGCUCCUUCUGCUGCUUCACCUGCAAAGAUUGUUAGUGGUUUUUUCUCUAAUGCCUUGUCUGCUUUCAUGAAAUGGCUAUGGUCACUCAAAACCACCACAAAAACAGCGAUUUCUGGCCGUCCGAUGAUGAAAUUCGAGAGUGGGUAUACUGUGGAGACAGUGUUUGAUGGAAGCAAGCUUGGGAUUGAGCCUUACUCGGUGGAGUUGUUACCCAAUGGAGAGCUUCUGAUUUUGGACUCUGCUAACAGUAACAUUUACAGGAUAUCUUCCUCUCUUUCUCUAUAUAGUAGGCCAAAACUGGUGGCUGGAUCCCCUGAGGGAUACGCUGGGCAUAUAGAUGGCAGGACUAGGGAAGCUAGGAUGAACCACCCAAAGGGGCUUACAGUCGAUGAUAGAGGAAACAUCUAUAUUGCAGACACAAUGAAUAUGGCAAUCAGAAAGAUAAGUGACGGAGGGGUAACAACCAUUGCUGGAGGGAAGUGGAGCCAGGGAGGAGGCCAUGUAGAUGGUCCAAGUGAAGAUGCAAAAUUUUCUAAUGACUUUGAUGUGGUUUACAUUGGAAGCAGUUGUUCCCUACUGGUUAUUGACAGAGGAAACAGAGCCAUUAGAGAGAUCCAACUCCAUUUUGACGACUGUGCUUAUCAGUAUGGAAGUGGUUUCCCACUUGGGAUUGCAGUUCUUGUUGCAGCUAGUUUCUUUGGUUACAUGCUGGCAUUGCUGCAACGGAGGGUUGGUACAAUUGUGUCUUCUCAGAAUGAUCAUCGUACAGUAAAAACAAGCAAUGCAGCAAAUGAAUAUCAAAAGCCACUGAAGUCAGUGAGACCACCAUUAAUUCCAACAGAAGAUGAACAAGAGAAGCUAGAAGAAGGUUUCUUUGGAUCACUUGGGAAACUUUUUGCCAAUACUGGAGCAUCUCUUCUGGAAAUCUUGGGAGGAAUAUUUCCUGGCCUCAGGAAGAAGCAAUUAAGCUAUCAAUACGAUAGCCAACACCAGCAACAGCAGAAGCAAGCCAGUGCCUGGCCUGUGCAAGAGAGCUUUGUUAUUCGAGACGAAGAUGAACCUCCCCCUUCAAUUGAAACCAGAACCCCUACACCACGGAAAACUUAUCCGUUCAUGUCCAAGGAUGCGGAAAAGAUGCAUCAAUUGCGUCAAAGUCGAGCUUUCUACAAUGGCUGGGAUGCAGAUUUUGCACAGCAGCAGAAACAGCAGCAUAACCAUCGCUAUCAAUCAUCUGUUCCUCAUACUUACUAUGAGCAGAGCUAUGAGAAGACCAAUGAGAUUGUGUUUGGGGCAGUCCAGGAGCAGGAAAGGAAGCUGGAUGGCAUGGUUGUUAAACCUGUUGAUUAUGGAGAUCCCAUUUAUAAUCAUCACAAUAUUCGCUUCCGAAACAAUUCAACUGGUUAUCCCUAUGGAUAUUGAUCAUACACAGAAAAGAGAUUUUGGUGGUACAACAUUUUUCCUUGAUAAUAUUUUAGGUAUAGGUGUUAUCAGGUAUAGGUGGCUUUAAAAGUUUUCUUAUGAGAGAUUGGAGUGUUAGUCAGAGCAUCUUUAAUGAGACUGGGAAUUGUCUCAAUGUUGGUAGUACAUGUGUGACAGGCCUUGUAAGAGAACUCAAGCCAAUUAAUAUCUAAAAGGGUCAUGAAAUGGUCUUUCUCCGA